AUGUGUAAUGCGUCUAUCUAUCUAUCUAUCUAUCUAUCUAUCUAUCUAUCUAUCUAUCUAUCUAUCUAUGUACAGAACGAUGCAGAAAAUUUUUUUUUUUGUUUGGCGGUCAUUGUUUCCCCCGUCACGCUAUUUUUUUUCCCUUCUUACUUCUCUUCCUUAAUUACAGCCCCUUCUCAUAUAUUCCUGUUUUCCUCUUCCAUUUCCAUUCAGUCAAUUUGCUAUACACCCCUGCUACUUUUUCCCCUCACCGACCAUCUUUCUUUUAAUUUUCUUUUCAAUUCUUCCUUCUUUCUUUUUUUCUUCUUUUGUUUUCUUUUUUUCUUACUUUUUCCUUCUUUCUUUUUCUUCCUUCUUUCUUUUUCUUCCUUCUUUUUCUUCCUUCUUUUUCUUCCUUCUUUCUUUUUCCUUCUUUUGUUUUCUUUUUUCUUACUUUUUCCUUCUUUCUUUUCCUUCCUUUUUUCUUUUUUCCUUCUUUCUUUUUCCUUCUUUUGUUUUCUUUUUUCUUACUUUUUCCUUCUUUCUUUUUCUUCCUUCUUUCUUUUUCUUCCUUCUUUUUCUUCCUUCUUUCUUUUUUCCUUCUUUCUUUUUCCUUCUUUUGUUUUCUUUUUUUACUUUUUUUUCUUCUUUUUUUUCUUCCUUUUUUCUUUUUUCCUUCUUUCUUUUUCCUUCUUUUGUUUUCUUUUUUCUUACUUUUUCCUUCUUUCUUUUUCUUCCUCCUUUCUUUUUCUACCUUCUUUUAUUUUGUUCAUUCAUUUUAUUCUUUCUUUUUUGUUCCUUCUUUCUUUUUAUUCCUUUUUCAUUUUGUUCAGUCUUUCUUUCUCUUCCUUCUUUUUUUCCUUCCUUAUUUCUUUUUCUUACUUCGUUCUUUUUUCUUUCUUUCAUUAUGUGUCAGCUGUUCCUUUCUGA